AAUUGAUCGCGGUACUAUUAAAAAUAAUAAUUUUCAACAAAUUUUCAUCAUUGACGUUUUGAGUGAAGAUGACAAGGUGCAAGCCUGGUUGAUGCUGCUGCGGCUCGUGUAACUCUCCUCAACGUUCAAGAAUAUUAUGGCAAUAAUACGAAUCCAUAUUUAAAAAAAGAGGAUUGGCUUCAACAUUGAACGUACAACAUCGGAGUGACCAAGAGCUCAAGAAGGUAUAUCUGAAGACAAAGAGUGAUAAGGGAGGAUUGAUAGUGAUGACGGUGAUGCUGCUGCAACGCUUCGCCACCCCCCAAUUAACACAUAGCCAAAAAACAGGCAACCAUAAUAACAGUGAGCCGCCAUUUGUUUUUCUAUUGGAAAUUGACGAAAACACUAAUAACAGUACCAUCAACAAUAACAAUAAUAACAAUAACAGCACUAGCUACAAUAAUAAUAUAAAUUCAGCAAAUUACGGUUGUAGUUACAUUACUGGUAAUACAAACAAUAACAAUAACAUCAACAAAAUUAUCUCGACAAGCCGCAGCAACGUUACCAUUGGUGGCGUAUCAGCGGCAAAGUCGCUAAGCCGUCUUGGGAGUCCGGGUGUCGCAAUGCGAUAUUAUCGUCUCUGGAUAUAUGCCUGUAACUUAGUAUUGCUGGGCAGUGCUGUUGGUUUUGCAGCGGCCGUUUCGCGAACACUACUUUUCUCAGGUGAUCCUAGACGCUAUUUGGUCCCAGGUGUACCGCGAGCAUUUGAUCCAACUGCUCUUUACGCCUAUUUGGCCCUUGCUGUUCAGCUGGGUCUUGUUCAACUUCUUGGCUGUAUAGCAGCUAGACGACUUAGUGCUCGACUUCUCAACGCUUACUGGAUCCUGCUUUUGGCGCUACUCUUCGGCGACGUGGUUAUCGGUGUCGCUUGGGUCUUUCGUUUUGAGAGAAUGCGAGCAGAACUUCGUCCAACUCUCAGGCUAAGACUGCAGGGUGAUUACAACAAGGAAACACGAUUUAGUGAGCAGUGGGAUCGUCUACAAAGGGAUUUCUCAUGUUGCGGAGUGACGGAUCCACAAGAUUUUGGAUCACGUUGGCCACAUACAUGCUGUGAGCCAAGUUCAAAUGUAAGCGAAGUUUGCGAACCAACGUACGCCAAAGGUUGUGAAGAAUAUUUAAUGGAUUGGCUGAGAAAAACCGCGGACCUACUCUUUGUCCUUGGUUUCUGUGUUAUCGCUUUUACUAAAUUAUGUUUUCUCGGAAUUCUUCGUUACGAAAUUCGAGAGAUGAUACAAAAAAUACAACUACUACGUGAACCACCACCGCAAACAACCACAUUUAUACAAUCCUUUUCACAAGGACCUCUGGAUACGACGAACAACGGAAAUAUCGUGCGUCGUACAACACUGCCGACGGUUACGGUACCUUCCGGUAAUGCAUCGCUGUUACUUCAAACAGACGAAAGUGUCGUUAGUAAACAUCCAUUAUUAGCAAAUAAUUUGCAAGAUGGAGGUGCAGAUAGUGAUACGAACAGUCAUUGUGCUCUGAUAUUGGAGGAAACAACUCCCACCACAACAAAUUACAAUUGUAAUUCAAAAGAAAAAACUAAUGGCAACAAUAAUUACGAAAUGAGAGAAUUUAAUAGAAGACUAACACUUUCAAAUGGUGGAAGUCCAGGGGUUGGUGUGACGAUCGGAAAUCAGAGUAAACGAACCUGACUAUGGAAAUUCUGGCGAAACACUUCAAAUCGUUUUCUUUAUAAAAAUAAUCGACCUGCCGAGCUAUCAGUAUAUAAGUGAACAAACAUUUUUUUUUCUCUCUCUUUUUUUUCAAAUCCAAAAGAUGAGCCAAAGGCUGAGACAGGAUAUGCCUUAAAAAAAGAAACCAGAUAUGCAUGUAGAUACAAAAAACAAAAAAGAAAUUAAGGCCGGACCUAUUAUAUACUAUACCAAAAAAUCACAAGCAUGCAAUUAUAUAAUUCAUACAUAUACAUAAAACACUUUCCUAAUCGGCCUAUUAUUUUUCACAUUUUUCUCCCAUGUAUGCAUAAUUAAUUUUCUUUUUUACUAUAUAUAAAACAUUAUAGCCAAAGAAGAUGAAGAAGAAGAAGAACUUUGAAUAAUAUAGUCAGAAAAAAGGAGUAAAGUCGACAAAAACUGUACAAUAACUUAAGUUAUCAAAGGGCAACACCAAUUACUUGAGGUUUUUUCUUUUUAAAUUAUUAGACUGAAAAAGUGCAGUCAAUUGGCCUAGUUUAAUACAGAAUACUCGUGUUUUAAAACCAAAACUAUAAUAAAUCCGCAAAUAUUUUAUAAACUUUAAAAAGGAGAAGUUUUCUUUUCUUUUAAAAUAACUAUCUUUAACGUAUGUACAUAAUAUAAAAGCAAAAGAAAACGCGUGACCACAUCAAAUAAAAGAUUAUCCUGCCGUUUCUGUUUUUUUCUUUCUUUUCUCUUCUUAAAUUGAAGCUAUUGCUCUGAACUAUUUCAAAGACUGUAAAACGCCACUCGAACUCAAGACGUCCAUAAAUAUGCUUUUAUUCGAUUUUUACGACAAUAGCUUUCCUACUGCAGUGUUUUACUUUAAAACAAUUGAACGUUUUUCGAUUAUUCGAAAGCAAAUCAAAAAUAAUUUUUAAAGAAAAGAAA